CGCAGAUUGAACGUCUCCUCUCGGAUGCUGCCUGCUAUGAUCUCCGUCACGCUCGCGGGCACCACCCCUCCAAACCACACACCCGUCUAUCUCUGAGCUGUCAAUCACACCAUCACGCCGGGAUUUCUACAUGUGCGUGCAUGGCGCGCCGGGCAGGGCGGAUCUGCUCACUGGGUGAAGACACGCCGGUUAAUAUGGAUGAAAGGUCGAUCACCAUCUCGUCUUUUCAACCACUCUGAUUAGCGACACUGUGCUAUAGCAUUGCCCGGACCGCAGAGCCGGGAAGAUGAUGUGCGAGGUGAUGCCGACCAUCAGCGAGGGAGACUCGGCCGGUCCUCCGAGGGCCACCGGCGGCGUGCCGAACGGCUCGGACCAGGAGGCCAACUUCGAGCAGCUGAUGGUCAACAUGCUGGACGAGAGGGACAAGCUGCUGGAGUCCCUCAGGGAGACUCAGGAGACCCUCAUCCAGUCCCAGACCAAGCUGCAGGGGGCGCUGCACGAGAGGGACGUGCUCCAGCGGCAGAUCAACGCCUCGCUACCUCAGGAGUUUGCCACCCUGACCAAGGAGCUGAACAUAUGCCAGGAGCAGCUGCUGGAGAAAGAGGAGGAAAUAUCAGAGCUGAAAGCUGAAAGGAACAACACAAGGCUACUGUUGGAGCACCUGGAGUGUCUGGUGUCUCGUCACGAGCGCAGUCUGAGGAUGACAGUGGUGAAGAGACAAGCACCCCCACCAUCUGGAGUUUCCAGCGAAGUGGAGGUCCUGAAAGCUCUGAAGUCGCUGUUUGAACACCACAAGGCCCUGGAUGAGAAGGUGCGUGAGAGGCUUCGGGUGGCUCUGGAGAGGGUUGCCACCCUGGAGGGACAGCUAGUGGCAACCACACAAGAGUUGAACAUGGUGAGACAAAGGAAGGAUGGUGACUCACUGGAGCGAACAGAUGGAUCCAAACCUACAUGGAAGAGACUUCCCAACGGCUCCAUAGACGCUCACGAUGACAGCAGCCGUUUGUCUGAACUUCAGGAGCUGCUGGAUCGCACCAACAAGGAGCUGUCCCAGAGCCGCGAGCACUCUGCGACUCUGAACACCCGCAUGGCCGAGCUGGAGGCAGAGCUCGCGAACGCACGCAGAGAACUGAGCCGCAGCGAGGAGCUGUCAAUCAAACAACAGAGGGAGCAGAGAGAGAGAGAGGACAUGGAGGAGAGAAUCACAACAUUAGAGAAACGCUACCUGGCCGCCCAGCGGGAAACCACACACAUUCAUGACCUCAACGACAAACUGGAGAAUGAACUGGCCACCAAGGACUCCCUUCACCGACAGAGUGAAGAGAAGGUGCGCCAGCUGCAGGAGAUGCUGGAGAUGGCAGAGCAGAGGCUGGCUCAGACCAUGAGGAAGGCUGAGACUCUGCCAGAGGUGGAAGCUGAAUUGGCACAGAGAGUGGCAGCACUUUCCAAGGCUGAGGAACGGCAUGGCAACGUGGAGGAGCGGCUCAGACAGCUGGAAUCUCAACUGGAGGAGAAGAACCAAGAGCUUGGAAGGGCUCGUCAGAGGGAAAAAAUGAAUGAGGAGCACAACAAGCGUUUAUCUGACACUGUGGAUCGUCUGCUCACUGAGUCCAAUGAAAGACUGCAGCUCCAUCUGAAAGAGCGCAUGGCUGCCCUGGAGGACAAGAACUCUCUCAUCCAGGACCUGGAGAACUGCCAGAAACAGCUUGAAGAGUUUCACCACACCAGGGAACGGCUGAUUGGAGAGAUUGAGAAGUUGAGAAAUGAGAUCGACCAUUUGAAACGUCGCAGUGGGGUUUUUGGAGAUGGAACCCACCCCCGGUCUCACCUGGGUAGCUCCAGUGACCUGCGCUUCUCUGUGGUGGAGGGCCAGGACGGCCACUACAGCACAACUGUGAUCAGGCGCGCACAGAAGGGCAGAAUGUCAGCGCUGCGAGACGACCCAAACAAGGACUACCCGUCACUGCGCGGCAGCGUCAGCCACCUCCUCGGCAGUGACAUCGAGGCAGAGUCGGACCUGGACGACGAUGUUAGCUCUACCCUGCUUUCCCCAAGCGGCCAAUCAGACGCUCAGACUCUCGCUCUCAUGCUGCAAGAGCAGCUUGAUGCUAUCAAUGAAGAGAUAAGGAUGAUCCAGGUGGAGAGAGAGUCCGCAGACCUGCGCUCUGAUGAGAUCGAGUCCCGCGUAAACAGCGGCAGCAUGGACGGACUCAAUGUGACGCUUCGACCGAGGGCCCUGCCCACCUCUGCCACCGCCCAGUCCCUGGCAUCCUCCUCCUCACCGCCCACCAGUGGCCACUCCACGCCGAAACACCACGGACGCAACACCAGCCACCAUCUAGGCAUCAUGACUCUGCCAAGUGACUUGAGGAAACAUCGCAGAAAAGUAGCAUCUCCAGUUGAAGUGGACAAAGCCACCAUCAAGUGUGAGACGUCGCCUCCCUCUUCCCCCCGGAGUUUGCGGCUGGAAACCAAUUUUGCCCAAUUUACAGGCAGUCUGGAGGAUGGUCGAGGCAAGCAGAAAAAAGGCAUCAAGUCGUCUAUCGGCAGAUUGUUUGGGAAGAAGGAGAAGGGUCGACUGGAGCAGACAAUGGGCAGGGAUGGACAGCCCCUACCAGCCUUAACAGACUUUGAGAUGGGCAUCGGCGACACUAUGACUCUGGGAAAACUUGGCACUCAGGCUGAGAGGGACCGCAGAAUGAAGAAAAAACACGAGCUUCUUGAAGAUGCCAGGAAAAGAGGUCUGCCUUUCGCCCAGUGGGACGGCCCUACUGUCGUCUCCUGGCUUGAGCUGUGGGUGGGUAUGCCGGCCUGGUAUGUGGCGGCCUGUCGUGCCAACGUGAAGAGCGGAGCCAUCAUGUCAGCUCUGUCCGACACGGAAAUUCAGAGGGAGAUUGGCAUCAGCAACCCUCUGCACAGACUCAAACUCCGCUUGGCCAUUCAGGAGAUGGUCUCCCUCACCAGCCCCUCUGCACCGCUCACCUCCAGAACGUCCUCCGGAAAUGUGUGGGUGACUCAUGAAGAGAUGGAGAACCUGGCUUCCUCCACUAAAGCGGACAAUGAGGAGGGCAGCUGGGCACAGACUCUGGCAUAUGGAGACAUGAAUCAUGAGUGGAUCGGGAAUGAGUGGCUGCCCAGCCUCGGUCUGCCUCAGUACCGCUCCUACUUCAUGGAAUGUCUGGUGGACGCACGCAUGCUGGACCACCUGACCAAGAAGGACCUGAGGAGCCACCUCAAGAUGGUGGACAGCUUCCAUAGGGCUAGUCUGCAGUAUGGGAUUAUGUGCUUGAAGAGACUCAAUUAUGACAGGAAAGACCUGGAGCGCCGGAGAGAGGACAGCCAACACGACAUGAAAGAUGUGUUGGUGUGGACCAAUGAGCAGGUGAUCCACUGGGUCCAUUCCAUUGGUCUGAGGGAGUACAGUGGCAGCCUGUUGGAGAGUGGCAUUCACGGGGCACUCAUCUCUCUGGACGAGACCUUCGACUACAGCAGCCUAGCGCUCAUCCUGCAGAUCCCUAUGCAGAACACACAGGCACGGCAGGUUUUGGACAGAGAGUUCAACAACCUAUUAGCUUUGGGAACUGACCGUCGACAAGAGGAGAGUGGGGACGACAAGUCUUUUCGACGCUCUCCGUCAUGGCGCAAGAGGUUUCGGGCACGUGAGGGAGGGGCGGGGCUAGGGAUGAUGGCAGGCUCCAUGGAAACACUGCCUGCUGGCUUCCGUAUGCCCUCCAUGUCCAUGCCACCCUCUGUGAAUUUGGUGCCCAGGAAACAGCUGCAGCCUGAAGCUCCUCCCCCGGCGCCACCGAGACUUGAUCCUUCGGCUGUGCGGACCUACUCAUGCUAACUACUCUCUGCUUACUAACAGGAGCACUAAUGCUACCAGUGCAUUCUCAUUACCUAUAUGGACACAUGCUUGCGGCCUUUUGAGAGUGAUAUGCCAAAUCUGGAGAGGAAGCCCUGGGUGCCACUGCCCAGCCCUUACCUCCCACCGUUCACAUCUCACCUAUCCUUCGGACACGUGCAAUACAGAGGCCAACUCUGACCUUUGAACUCUUGAGAGUGCCCAUUGGCUGCGCUCGCUGCUGUAAACGAGACUCGUCCCAGUCUCUCCCAGUUUACCCCAGUGCUCCCAGUAGCCUUGUUGUUGUGGUGUUGUGCUCCUGCUCCCCCUGGUCUCAGCUGUGGGUUCUCGUGCUGGUUCUAUUAGUCUCAACAUGGCCAAGUUCAAAACAACUUUGCUGUGUCACAUCCUAGGAAACUCACUAGUUGAUUAGUGUAAAAAGAAAAAAAGAUUUAAAGCGAUGUUGAGCAGCUGUUGAUUUGGACUUGGGAAUGAUGAAUACUUGUAUAAAUGGAAGAUCCCACUGCACAUUGCCCCUCUACCGGUUAUGCAAGGUAUUACUCAUUUAUCGUCUCUGUACAUAAAAUGGAUGAAUUAUGUUUUUUAUCAAAAUGUUAUAUUGGAAAUAUAUAUGGAAAAUAAUAUAAUAUUGCUGUAUGAAACCCAAUGCCCUGUAUUCGAUAGUGACUGUUCUCUCUCUUUCUCUUUCUCUUUCUCUCUGUGUCGGACCUUUGUGCGUCUUUUGCUGUAUGCUGUAAGUGUGUGAAUCAUUAGUGGGAGGGACUUACAAAAGAUGGGGUGUGUUUCUACAAGGACUCUUCACAGGUUCAUGGGUCCAAAUUCAGACACUCUUUGCUUCUUCCUCUCCAGUUCUUUUCUCUUUACUCCUCUCCUUCUUUUGACACCAUGUAGCUGUUAGCCCCCCUCUCUCCGCCUCUCUCGCCUUCUGUAUGACACUAUGUAGCCUAGAAUAGAGAAAAUCCUUUAAUAUGAAGGUGUGUGUGUGUGUGUGUGUGCCUGUGUGCGCCUGUGUGUGUGUGUCUGAAUGAGUCUCUCUGCUCGAGACUUGCAGAAAGGUCGUACGUGUGAUGGACCGACCCCAGCCAUGUGACCAUGACUAUUUUCUGUGAAUGGGUAGUGUGAACACUGUAGCUCCUCUCUGUUGAUUCCUUAACUCUUCUCUCAAAUCAAACUGUAAACUGCUGCUCAACAUCAGCCAAUGAUAUCCACAUAAUACUGCUCAACGUGACGGACUCGUUCUGAUCCCGUCCCGUCGCCUCCCGUUCAGUUGCCAUAGAGACGUGACAGUGAGCAGUUUUGACUCUUGGCUGACCAACUCCUCAUCCAAUGAGAACACAGCAUAUGGAACCAGUGAAGUGCUGGAUGGGUGUACAAUCUUUUUCUUUUUUUUAACAGUUUUUCCAAGGUGUCUAAAAGGUGUUAUGUGCUAUGUGGCAGCUAUGAGUACUGUGUCUUUAUUCCAGGUGUGAAACAAUGCUGACAAAUCAAGAUUUUAUUAUUUGGCUAUUCAAAAAAAGUGUACUGUAUUUAUGA